UUGUUGUUGAAUCUAUUUCUUGUUGGUGAUUAAAAUACAAAGCUUCAAGUAUGGCGUACAGAUUAAUGUUACGGAAGUCUCGUAUGGCUUCGUAUAAAGAUAAAAAAUGUAUAUCUUAUUGAUACUUCAAAAGGAUUUUUCAGAAACAAAAUCCUAUUAGCAACGAAUCGUACUUGCUAACGUGUCGAAACAAAUUUAAUUCAUAAAAUAAGUUAUAAGAUAAGUAAUAUCUUAUCGAUCAUUGUUUUCAUUUAAUCACGAUUUUAAUCGAUAUUCAAGAAAUUAAAAUUGAAUAAUUAUGGCUGAUCCAACUAUACAAACUUUCUGUUGUCACCACUCAAAUAGAACAGAUAUGGCAAUUGUAAUAAUGCAGGAAUUUAAUACAGAUAUUUAUAAUGCAGUUUGCAUGUUUUCCUCAACAAUAGGUAUUCUAGGUGCAGUGUAUCAGAUACUGCCAAGAGAAACAUCUAGUCUCCCUCACCGGUGGCAAAGCUUUUCUUCAUCUAGAGGAAGAGAGAUUAUUAUAUGGCUUGCAAUUGCUGAUCUAUUGGCUUCAUUGGGUGUAUUUAUUAGAUCAGCAUUAUGGAUGAACUUUAAAUCUAUCAUGUCAAUGGAAGAUGAUACUUCAAAUGUUCUAUUUUGUGCACUUUCAUCGGCUUGGACCCAAUACUUUUAUAUGGCAACAUGGAUUUGGACUCUUUGCUAUGCCAUCGAUAUGAAACUAUUACUUGGAGAUAGAUCGGGAAAUCCUGCUUGUUAUCAUGCUUUUGCUUGGAUUUGUCCAGCAAUUUUAACUACCUUUGGUUUAACAAUUUUAUAUGUUCCAGAUGCCAAUUGCCAUAAUUUAACAUCUCUUUCCACUGCCAUACUACGCAUUUUGCCAAAUUAUUGCGCUACAUACGUGCUUUUAACAGUAGUUAUGAUCAUCAAUCCCGUAUUGUAUUUCGCGUCCACGCGAGACCUCCAAACUGCAGUUACUUGCAGUUUAGCUCAAGUUACAGGAAGAGAAAGAAAACUGGUGCAAGCGAUAAAAGUCAAAUUUGCUUUAACUAAUAUUGUAUAUUAUGUGUGCUGGUUACCGAAUUUGAUCAAUGGAAUCUUACUGUGGACAUUAUGGUUCCACUUGCCUGCUAAAGCUAUCAUUACUCUUUGGUACAUAAUGGCUGUUACAAAUCCUCUUCAAGCAUUCUUCAAUGCACUCGUUUAUCAAAGAUGGGGUAAAAGAGAGAAAUUUCGAUUGGAGUGUUGCCAAAAGUUAGGAAGGUUUAACUUGAAUCAAAUUACAAAAAGGGAUUCAGGAUUGCGUUUAUCUGAAUCGUCACCUUUGUUAGAUCCUAAAUACGGUUGUCCACCACAUACAAGUAUUAACGGUUCAUCUUCAAUUUAAACAACUGUGAUACAUGACAUUAGUUAUAGGCAUACAAUCUUAUUGAAUUUAUCAAAGUAUAAAUACUUUACUGCCUUAAAUAAUUCUUAAGUAAAGCUAUAUUUUUAACAUUUACAAGUUUUUGAAACUUGAAAGAGAUAACGUGCUCAAUCAUUCGCAAGAACAAACUAGAAGAGUUAAUAUUUAGAUAUAAGUAGAAUAUGAUUUUCUAAAGAGUAGUAUGUACUAAAGAGCUUUAUUAAAGACGUAUUUGUCAUUCCAAUACUUAACAAUAAGCAUAUUUGUUAAUUGUUAUAAAUAUAAAAGAUUUUAUUUUCUAAACACGUAAAAAGAAAACACAUGUACAAAAUAUUACUGUUUAAUUAAUACAACUCUUUCAUACAUCUAA